AACGGACUAUGGAAAUGACGGAGGAACAGCGAAAACGAGCGGAAGCAAACCGUGCAGCGGCCAUCGCAAAACGAAAGUUAUUCCUCGAAUCGCAAAAAAGCAACAACAACCCAUGGCAGCUUUUCAGGUGCCAGAAAUUAUCCCAACACCAACCCCUCUCUGAACCACACAAGUUCCUCGCAAGACUCGAAAUAUGCUCCCCUGAUUCCUUCUCCAUCACUCCUCUCCCCCUCCCAGCCUUCCCCUUCCCCGGUCACCGCCAUUGCCUCACCGCACUUAACUCCAUUCUCUCUCACCUCAUGCCCUCUCAUUUCACGCAAACAAGCGAGGGUCUCAAGGCCUCUGUGUACAAGCUCCACCACUACUGUGCGGUGCUCAAGCACUUGAAAGGUGCGGUGGAGACACUGCAAGUCGAGGAGAUUCCGUGGGCCACGUUCAACGUCGUCGAGCGUCUCUCCCAUUCCUUUGCGGCGGGGAUGUGGACGCCGCUGCGCCCCGAACAUUUGACCGAUGAAGAGGUGGAUCGGUUGAUCGCCAAGCUGCCGAGGUCUCUCUUGCACGUGUUGCUCCCUUUUCAGCUCGAUGGCUUGAGGUUUGCCUUGCGAAGAGGCGCGCGCUGCCUCAUUGCCGAUGACAUGGGACUCGGGAAAACCCUUCAGGCUAUUGCUAUUGCAGGAUGUUUCUUGGAUGAAGGGUCUGUACUUGUUGUUUGCCCUGCUGUGUUGCGCUUCUCAUGGGCCGAGGAAUUGGAGCGUUGGCUUCCUUUCUGCUUGCCUGCUGAUAUUCAUCUCGUUUUUGGCCAUCAAGACAACCCUAUAUAUUUAACAAGAAGCCCCAGAGUUGUGGUUAUUUCUUAUACCAUGCUUCAUCGUCUAAGGAAGAACAUGCUUGAACGUGAAUGGGCUCUCCUGAUUGUAGACGAAUCUCAUCAUGUGCGAUGUACGAAGAAAACCUCAGAACCAGGAGAGAUAAAGGCUGUUCUUGAUGUGGCUUCAAGAGUCAAGCGUAUAAUCCUGCUAUCAGGCACACCUUUGUCAAGACCGUACGACAUAUAUAAUCAGAUAAAUAUGCUAUGGCCUGGUUUGCUGGGAAAGACUAAAUAUGAGUUUGCAAAAACAUAUUGUGAUUUCAAAUAUAUCAAAGGCGUACAAGGAAAAUAUUUUGCGGAUUAUUCAAGGGGCAUUCGCUUGGAAGAGUUGAACGUGUUACUAAAGCAAACUGUUAUGAUAAGGCGUCUGAAGGAGCAUGUGUUGCUACAGUUACCUCAGAAACGCCGGCAAAUUAUACGACUGUUGUUGAAGAGAUCAGAUAUAGUUGCUGCAAAAACCGUGGUUGGGGUAUUGAAUAUUGAUGCCUGUGAAAGGGCAAGUGAAGACAUGCCUUUGGAAAACUUGGAUGAACCUGAUGGAAAGCUUUCUUAUCAAGAACUUGGAAUUGCAAAGCUUUCUGGGUUUCGUGAAUGGCUUUCUCUCCAUCCACUCAUUGCAGGAUCAGAGAAUGCUUCAAAAAUGAUAAUUUUUGCACAUCACCUCAAAGUUCUUGAUGGAAUACAGGAGUUUAUAUGUGAGAAAGGGAUAGGUUUUGUGCGAAUUGAUGGAAACACUCUUGCCAGAGAUAGGCAAUCAGCAGUAGUCUCAUUUCAAUCAUCACCAGAGGUUAAAGUUGCGAUAAUAGGUAUUCUAGCAGCAGGUUUUGGACUUGAUUUCUCAAUGGCACAAGAUGUUGUGUUCUUGGAGCUACCAAAGUGCCCAACUGUUAUGCUUCAGGCUGAGGAUAGAGCUCAUCGACGGGGGCAAACAAAUGCAGUUAAUGUAUACAUAUUCUGUGCAAAGGAUACCUUGGAUGAAUCACAUUGGAAAAAUUUGAACAAAAGUCUGCAACGAGUUUCAUCUACAACUGAUGGCAAAUAUAAUGCAAUGAAAGAGAUAGAGGUUAAAGGUAUUUCUUAUUUAAACUCAUCUUUGAAAGCUGAUAGUUGUGAAGCACAACCUGCAUGCAAAGAUGCAUUGAGUGAAGCACAAUUAGAUAAGCAACCUUCUGCUGUAAAUUCAAAUGCAUCCGAAGAAAAUCAAGAUGAUAAUUCUGAUGAGGGUAAUUUUGUAAAUAAAUCAAUUCAGAGUGCUAAUAUUAUGGCUGAUAAUGCUGCCUGUGAAGAUUUAGGCAAGGCUUCAGUUCUGGGUGGAACUUAUGAUGUAGAUGUUUUUGAUGCCAAUGAGAGAUGUUCCGAAAAGAGUUUUGAAGACAAAAAUCAAUUGCAGGAUAUGAAAUCAAUUUCAACAACACAAACAGAUCACAACCAGCCUGUUCAUCCGGUUGAAACUGACAGACAGUGUUCUAAUCAAGUUGAUUCUCUGCGAUUUGAGGUGAGCCCAUACACUGGACGGAUCCACUUGUAUACUUGCAUUCUGGGGACAGAUAAAAGACCACAGCCACUUUAUGAAAAUUUUCGACCAGAGGAACUUGAGUUGUUAAGUUUUGUUGAUGGAGAGAAACAGAAAGUAGAGUUUAUAUCUCUCAAGGAUGACCCUGCCUAUAGGCAUGCACUUCUGGCUUUUGCAGAGGAGUGGAAGAAUUUGAGGUCAAUUGAACGCAGGAAGUUACUUGGAAAACCUUUACAACUUCCUUUGGCUGUUGAAUUAUGCUACUUGAGUGAAAGCAAUAACCACAACAACAAAGGAUUAUUAAAUGGUGGAAGUCGAAGACGCAUGACACCCUUGAUGGAGAUUAGCCAUCCUUUACCAUCAGAUGCUGUUUGGAAGAAGGUUUAUCUGCGAAGUGGCCUCGGUAAGAAGGAAAAAGAAUACACUCAAGGCUGGAGUCUUACAGAUGAGCCACUCUGUAAGCUUUGUCAAAAGCAAUGCCUGGGUACCAAUGCCAAGACACCUGAAUUUUUUGAAGAUCUUUUUUGUAAUCUUGUCUGCUAUGAAGAGUAUCGUAUGAGAACUAGUAACAGAUUCGUCCGUCAGGAACUUUUCCAAAUUGAACAUGGUGUGUGCACAAAUUGCCACUUGGACUGUCAUAAGCUUGUUGAGCAUAUAAGACCUUUGUCAUUGGAAAGGCGGCGGGAGUACAUAGAUAAAGUAGCACCACAAAUUGCAAAUCGAAAGAACAUGCUUGAGAAGCUUGUCAAUGAUCCGACUGAAGGCAAUGCAUGGCAUGCUGAUCAUAUUGUUCCAGUAUAUCAAGGCGGAGGUGAAUGCAAGCUGGAGAAUAUGAGGACACUUUGUGUAGCAUGCCAUUAUGAUGUUACUGCCGCACAAUGUGCUGAGCGGCGUAUAACAAGAGCAAAUGCCAGGAAACAACUAAAAGUGUUAAUGAAUAACAUGAAAAAUGGUAUAAAGGGUAUAGCUGGCACUAAUAUCAAGGACCAUAGCCUUCCCGAGGAACAAGGAAGUGUACUUGAGGAUGAGCUUUUAGUCAAGGUUCCUGGAAGUGCCUAUUCCCUGGCUGACAGCCUGACAGCUAAGAAAGUGGAGAUGCCGCCUGGAAGGGGUUGUAAAUAAUUUCCACCGUCAACCAAGUUUGUUUUGUUAUAAAAGAAGAAAGCAAUGUAAAGUUUUGUAGCCGCAGGGUGGGAAAUUGCACUUAGUGCAGUUGAUUUCCAACUAUACUUUCGCAGUCACAAUGGAAGAGGAAGAUUAGUCCAUGGCAAGGAAGGAGCGCUUUGUUUCCAUCCUUAUUUUAUUGCUAAAAGUAUUGUUCAUUAUUUGACUGCGCAGCCUACCGAUUUGGUUCUGAGGAAAUUCUUUUGAACAGGUUUUUGUGGCGUCAUGUCUAGUUGAAAAGGAAGCAAAAGUCAACAUGUAUACUAGAAAAAAUCCCUUAAGCCUAAGGUUAAGAUGAUCUUAGCAGUGUAGUGACACAAUUUCGGAUCAUCCAUUUGUAACACACCAUCAAUCAUUGAUUGCCCCAACCAAUUAUAUUUUAGCCAUUGUUUUGUAUAUUAUGUAAAGGGUGAUCUAUGGCUUGAUUUCACUACAUGACCAACUCAUUCUUUUU